AUGAGCGUGGAACAUCUGGGUGACAUGACUGAGCAUGUGCUUGGGUGUCUUCAAGAUAUCCCUGACAUCAAGGAUUAUAGACUAGCCAUCAUUGGACAUCUGGCCAUUGGUCGUCAACGUCCUGGUUUCGAAUCAUUCAUUGACCCUCUCCUUAGGACAAUGCAGAAUGAUGAUCGGUACGCAGUGGAAAUCCUCUUCGAGCAAUGGGAGGAUGAUGACAACCACGAUCUUCGAGACGUGGACUGGUGGUUCAAGAGGCAGUUGGUCCAGUUACGGCCCACCCAGUUGCGUAUUGAGAACGGCCAGUUGAGAUACCACCACCAUACACAAAUCAAGUUUCAUUUCCUCGAAAAGCCUCGUCCACGGUCACGGACGAAAUACUACCUCCACGCUCCGCUAGUAAGACAUAUAAUCGGAGAAAUGCGCCACUUAUACGAUAUUAUCGAUGUGGACAUGCUUCCAUAUGCACCAACAGAAACUUCUCUGGCGAUCAUGGUCGCCCGGUAUACGAGUACGAAGGGGUGUUUGCUCCCGGGAGAGCGUAGCCGGGCUAUCGCGAAGGAGGUCGAGGCUCUUUUGGAUGCUCUCACAUCACAUAGCAGAACUGCGCAGCAGGGUGGUGUGCGGGUACGUUGCGCAGAUCAACUUCGAUGGACGACCUACCACAAGAGGUCUUUAUUCUCCUGUGUCGGUAAGCUUCAAGAGCUUCUGAGCUGGAGAGGCCCCGAGGGCAGAAAAGAGCUGAAGUGGAAAUUGAACAUUGAUCGAGAACGAUUGGGCCAGCUGUGGGCCUCCCCACGCAGAGAGACUUCGAAUAUGUGA